CCGAAGAUGCAGAGCACGACAGCUCCGAUUUAUGGCUCAACUUGAGCGCAGCGGUUGCACUGGUCCUGAUUGGGGGUGUUUUCGCUGGAUUAACAAUUGCGUACUUGGAAUUCGUUUAACAUCGGAUGCUUUUCAUAAACUAACGGUUUACUAGGCUCAUGGGCCAGGAUGCAGUUCACCUCCAAGUGCUCGCAACCUCCGCCGACGGCCCUGAGAGAAAGCAUGCUCAGACCGUCCUCAAGCUUGUCGGUAAAGGGAAACACUGGGUCCUGGUGACUCUCUUGCUUGGCAAUGUGGUUGUCAAUGAAAGUUUGCCCAUCGUCUUGGAUAAAACGCUAGGUGGGGGAUGGCCUGCAAUCGUAGGGAGCACUGUCUUGAUCGUUAUCUUCGGCGAGGUUAUCCCCCAGUCCGUCUGCGUCCGCUACGGUCUCCCGAUAGGCGCAUACCUCUCACCUGCGGUCUUGUUCAUGAUGUAUGCUUUUGCACCCGCGGCCUGGCCCACUGCGAAGCUUCUCGAUUGGCUCCUAGGCGAGGAACACGGAGUGGUCUAUAAGAAGGCUGGGCUGAAAACGCUCGUCACCCUACACAAGUCACUAGGCUCGCAGCCCGCAGAGCGGCUGAAUGAAGAUGAGGUCACUAUAAUCACGGCAGUGCUAGACCUGAAAGCCAAGGCCGUACAAAGCAUCAUGACGCCCAUGGACCACGUUUUCACCGUCUCUACCGAUUCGAUUCUAGACGAGAAAACUAUAGAGCUUAUCCUAUCGGCGGGCUUCUCCAGAAUCCCCGUCCAUGCGCCGAACGACCCCUCGAAUUUUCUGGGGAUGUUACUGGUGAAAACACUCAUCACCUAUGACCCAGAAGACGCCAAACCAGUGGCCGAGUUUGUCCUCGCGACCCUCCCCGAAACAAGUCCCGAAACCAGCUGUCUCGACAUCUUGAAUUAUUUCCAGGAAGGGCACUCCCAUAUGGCGCUCGUAUCUAACCACCCCGGCGAAAACGGCGGCGCUCUUGGUGUUGUAACCUUGGAGGAUGUUGUUGAAGAGCUGAUCGGCGAGUACGUCCUCCCUAGUAACAGCCCAUAUCGUCCCUUCUACUCACCACAUCUAGGGAAAUCAUCGACGAGUCCGACAUGCACGAUGACGCCCAGCAUCCUGCAGAGCAACAGCAACCCCCUGUUCCAGACUUCCCUGUACCUCUCAACCGUACACUACGUCGCGCUUCCACGGCACCAAUCGCUAAACCGGGCUAUAUCAGCUCGAUCACGCCCCAGCAGCGCCAGCAUCUUGACAAUCUGGCUCCGUCGAAUUUAGCGAGGAAGCCGAAGCAGACGAGGUUCCCUUUUGUAAAAAUCAAGCGCUCGUUGCAGGCCAAUGGGGAUAAUGAUGAUGUGAAGGGGGAUAGUACAGUGCAGGGUUCUGCAGAUGAGAACACCCCAUUACUGGGGUCUUGAAAAUAGAAAGUGUUUGGGCUUGUGUUUGGAUAUAGUACGAUACUUUGUAGCAAUUCAUGGAUAAUGGAAAAGUGUUCAGG